AACAUAAAUCGAAAGAGAGAGAGAAAAGAAAAAUGACCGGCGAAAACAAACUUCGAUUUGAACUAUGCGUUUGUAUAGCCUUGGUUGCGGUUCUUUGCUUCGUCUCUCUUCCUGUGGAUGCAGCCGUUAUAAAAUAUCAGUUCGACAUUCAAGUGAAGAAUGUGAGCAGAUUGUGCAAUGCAAAGCCAAUUGUGACGGUGAAUGGUAUGUUUCCAGGUCCAACAAUCUAUGUCAGAGAAGGAGACAGAGUUCUUAUCAAUGUCACAAACUAUGCACAAUAUAACAUGUCUAUUCACUGGCAUGGAUUGAAGCAAUACCGAAACGGGUGGGCAGACGGGCCGGCUUAUAUAACUCAGUGCCCGAUAAAAACGGGGAAUAGCUACGUUUACGAUUUCAAUGUAACGGAGCAACGAGGUACAUUGUGGUGGCAUGCACAUAUUCUUUGGCUAAGAGCUACCGUUUAUGGUGCAAUUGUGAUUAUGCCCAAACAAGGCACUCCUUUUCCAUUCCCUCAACCGGAUAGAGAGCAAGUCAUCUUGUUAGGAGAAUGGUGGAAUGCAGAUGUUGAGACUGUAGAGAACCAAGGAAAUACAUUAGGAUUGCCUCCAAACAUGUCCGACGCACACACGAUAAACGGAAAGCCCGGCCCGUUCUUCCCUUGCUCCGAAAAACAUACAUUCGCAAUGGAAGUGGAACAAGGGAAAACGUACCUCCUACGUCUCAUAAACUCCGCCCUAAACGACGAGCUCUUCUUCGCCAUAGCCAACCACAACAUGACAGUUGUCGAAAUCGACGCAGUUUACACGAAACCCUUCUCGACUCAAUCCAUACUAAUUGCACCCGGACAAACGACAAACGUACUCGUCCGAACAAACCAAACCCCCGGAAGAUAUUUCAUGGCCGCAAGGCCCUUCAUGGAUGUGCCCAUCCCGGUCGACAACAAAACCGCCGCCGCGAUAUUCCAGUACAAGGGAAUACCGGACACGGUGGUCCCCACAUUCCCGCACCUGCCAAACCCUAACGACACGUCAUUCGCGCUGAGUUACGAGGACAGACUCAGGAGCCUGAACUCGCCCCAAUUUCCGGCGAACGUGCCAUUACGAGUCGACCGGAACCUGUUCUACACGAUCGGGCUGGGGCGGAACCCUUGCCCUAGCUGCGUGAACGGGACGCGCCUGGCGGCGUCGCUGAACAACAUCUCGUUCGUGAUGCCGCGCGUGGGGCUCCUGGAGGCGCACUACUCCGACACGGCGGGGGUUUACACGACGGAUUUUCCGGAUCUGCCGCCGACGCCGUUCAACUACACGGGGGCGCCGCUCACGGCGAAUCUCGAGACGGCGAAGGGGACGAGGCUCAGCAAAAUCCGGUUCAACUCGACGGUGGAGCUUGUGAUACAGGACACCAAUUUGCUGACGGUUGAGUCGCACCCGUUUCACCUCCACGGGUACAAUUUCUUCAUUGUCGGGACCGGAAUCGGGAAUUUCGACCGUGCGAAGGAUCCGGCGAAGUACAAUUUGGUCGAUCCGCCGGAGAGGAAUACUGCCGGCGUUCCGACGGGUGGAUGGACCGCUAUUCGAUUUAGAGCUGAUAAUCCAGGGGUGUGGUUUUUCCAUUGCCAUUUGGAGCUGCACACAGGUUGGGGAUUGAAAACAGCAUUUGUAGUAGAAGAUGGACCAGGGCCUGAUCAGAAAGUUCUCCCUCCACCAAAGGAUCUUCCACCCUGCUAAAUUUGUAUAUUUAAUUUGUUUUAUUAUUAAUGUUUCAUUCCAAGAAUGAGGCAGAAAAUAUAAUAUUGAGAAAAUUGGGGAGUCAAACAAAAUUUCCCUUAUUUUCGGUGAAUAUAAGGCAUGAUCAUGUAUUUUUGUGAUUUUAUUUGUUUUGGAAUCAUAUUGUAAUUAUGUCCCAAUAAGUAAAGAAAUGGAUUGUUGUUUUAAGAAACCUCAUAAUGGACUUGUUGUACUUUAUUUA